AUGCAAAUCUGGGUUGAUGCCGAUGCUUGUCCGGGGGUGAUUAAGGAGAUUUUGUUUCGCGCGGCGCGGCGGACGCAGACGAAGGUCACUUUGGUGGCUAACCAGCCGUUGAAGGUGCCGAAGUCGGAGUUGUUCGACAGCGUUCUGGUGCCGGGGGGGAUGAACGAAGCGGACCGCAAGAUUGUCGAACUGGUCGCCGAGGGCGACCUGGUGAUUACGGCCGACAUUCCGUUGGCGGCCGACGUGGUGGCCGCGGGCGGGCAGGCUUUGAACCCGCGCGGUGAGUUGUACACACAUGCCAACGUCGGUGAACGACUGGCGGUGCGAAACCUGCUGGACGACUUGAGGGGAGAAGGCCAAGUUACCGGCGGCCCCUCAGGGUUCACCCCCAAAGAUCGUCAGGCGUUCGCCAACUCGCUAGACCGGUGGUUGACUUCGGCAAAGAAGAAAUCGUGA